AUGUCAUCAAUAAAUAUUCAUUCCCUGCUUCUGUUCUCAGCAGUUCUUAGACUGCUUUUAAUUUUAUUUGGAGAAUGGCAAGACAAUCAUAUGGAGGUCAGAUACACUGACAUAGAUUACCUUGUAUUUUCUGAUGCUGCUGCUGUAAUGGCCUCUGGAAAGUCCCCUUAUGAAAGAACUACAUAUCGUUACUCACCUCUUAUUGCAUUUGUUCUCAUACCAAAUUCAAUCAUCCAUCGCUCAUGGGGAAGUUUCUUUUCUCAGCUUCAGGUAUUGUGUUUUAGGGAUUUACUUGUUGGAUCAUUUAUCCACAGCAUUCUGAAGCUACGAGGGGUACCUGAGAAGAUGUGCACCUAUUCUGUAAUAGUAUGGCUCUUCAACCCAUUUACCUUCACCAUUGGAACCCGGGGGAACUGUAACCUAUUACAGGCUGCAUUUUGGUAUGGGCUUGUUGUCCAUUUAAGAAUCUAUCCUAUAAUUUAUGCACUUCCAAUCAUCCUCAUCCUUGAUCCUCUCCAUUUCCGGUUUUCUAAGAAGCCUGCUCUGACAGAAUGGAGAUCUAGUAAUGGAAGGAUAGCCCAAAAUUAUGGCAGGAGGAAGGUUAAUUAUGCCUAUCAGUUAUGGGUUGCUUUGACUAGCAUUUUUACACUAGAGAGAUUUAUGUUUGGGUUAAUCUCUGGGGUUGUCUUCUUCAUUUUUACUGGAUUUUUCUUCUAUCUGUACGGUUGGGAAUUCCUGCAUGAGGCAUUGCUCUACCAUCUUACCCGUGUUGACCCAAGACACAAUUUUUCUAUUUAUUUUUACCACAUUUAUCUACAUUAUGAACAUGAGUUCUCAGCUUUAGAAAAGCUCAUUUCAUUUCUGCCCCAGUUUGUAGUACAGCUGGCCCUCAUUUUCCGAUUUGCCCCAGAUUUGCCAUUCUGUUUAUUUGUACAGACAGUAGCAUUUGUGGCAUUCAAUAAGGUCAUAACAGCUCAGUACUUUGUGUGGUUCUUCUGCCUCGUGCCUUUAAUAUUGCCGUGGAGCAAAAUGAAGCUUAAAUGGGAGGGCUUAUCCUCCAUUUUCAUAUGGAUGGGAGCCCAGAUCCAUUGGUUGAUGUGGGGUUAUCUUCUUGAAUUCAAAGGGAAGCACGUCUUCAUUCCGCUCUGGGCAGCAAGCUUAAUAUUUUUGGCUGCUAAUACUUGGGUCCUGAUCAGAAUCAUCCUCCAUCAUGGAUUCUCUCCUUUGUUCAAGCAGUUAGAACCUGCAAGUUCAAAGCAAUCACUGAAACGUGAGUGA